ACCGCGGGGAGCCGACAUCCAACUCCUCCGGCUUGUGGUGCGGGCUUUUAUGCGCCCGUCCGUAUGCGGGACAAAAGCGCGCAACGUUCUCUGGGAGUUUCGGGGUCGAGGGAUUCCUCGGAUGCCGGUGAUUUGCCCACGUAGAAGCGCCGAGAUGCUGGCCCGCGGCAGGAUGCACGGGCGGGUGUGAUUCGGACCGGAUUAUACCGGGGACAAAAUGAUGGAUAAUGUCGGGUGCGUGAGUGUAAAAGAAAAGUUUUCGCGCUCCCGUCGGACACCUGUUCCUUUGAUGCCAAAACGAAGAGCGGCCGGACAUUUACUUGACCUCAGUUAGGUUUGAUUGAUUGAUGAGCUUUUUGCUUCGACCCGCUCGCGCCUGCUUUAUGGUCACUUGCAGAGCGCUCACACACCGACGGUGAUUUACGCUGCAGAAGAAGCUUGGAUCUCUCCCUCAACCGCAUUUCACUGAGGAGUUUAAGAGAUCGUUCGAGUUUUACGAGCUCCCGGCUCCGCCGUGUGGCACUGAGGCUGCGGUGGUGGCCGGUUCUCCCGAGGGAUGAUCCUGGGCUCCCGAGGCCAGGGAGCGACAGCCCGGCUCCUGCAGUGGACCAUCGCCGCGUCCUGGUGCCUAUGCAGUGGAUCUGAGAGGAGAUGAGAGCCGCGAUCUACCACCUCCUCGCCGGCUGCCUCUGCCUGUUACGCACCGCUGCUGAGGAGUCCCCUCUCCCCCGGGAGCUCUUGGAGCGGCUCUCCCGCAGCGACAUCCGCAGCAUCAGCGACCUCCAGCGGCUGCUAGAGAUAGACUCCGUAGAGAACGAGGUGAUCGAGGAGACCAAACACAGCUACAGCAAGGACUUCUCUCACAGCUUCCCCGACCCGAAGAGAGCGCACACUAGCACCAGGCACAGGAGGAGCACUGUGGUUGAAGAGGCCUUGCCAGCAGUGUGUAAGGUGCGGACGACGAUCUAUGAGAUCCCCAGGGGCCAGGUGGACCCCACCUCGGCCAACUUCAUCAUCUGGCCGCCCUGCGUCGAGGUGAAACGCUGCACUGGCUGCUGCAACACCAGCAACAUGAGGUGCCAGGCCUCCCGCAAGCACCACCGCACGGUCAAGGUGGCGAAGGUGGAGUACGUGCGGAGGCGGCCCAAGCUGAGGGAGGUGCAGGUGAGGCUGGAGGAUCACCUGGAUUGUAUGUGCAUCAACAAACGCCACAUCAGCCCGAACUCAGACACAGAAAAUGGCAUCAGGUGAAGAGAGACGGAUGGAUGAAGGGGUGGAGGAGAGCGAAGAGAAAAAAAAAGACGACGACCUGAAGCAGAAAGCAAGGACAAGCACCUUUUGCCUCUAACAUCUUCACCACCUGGCAGCAAGUGACUGUGAAAGGUUUUAUGGAAAAUAUUUUAAGCAGUGAACCUGUGGGAGGUUUAAUGGAGAGUAACUGACUCAUGCGAACUUCAACUGUACCUUGAACGUUUCGCCAAAAAA